AUGAAUGUGGGUUCUAAUCAGGAGGUUGCGUGCACGCUGCUUGUUGGUUUUGAUGGCAGUAGUGUGAACACGAAGGAUCUCAAGGCGGCUUUGGAGAAGGGGGACAUAAAUGCUCGAGCAGAGGCGCUGGAAACGAUGAUUAGGCUCCAUUUGAACGGCGAGCCGCAGAAUCAUAUGAUCAUGUCUGUUAUAAAAUACAUCACCCCGCUUGAGGAUCACCUUAUUAAGAAGCUGGUGUUGUACUUUUGGGAGGUCGUGGAGAAGACGGACAAGAAUGGGAAGUUGCUGAGCGAGAUGAUUUUGAUCUGUUCCUUCCUUCGGGAGGAUCUACUGCAUCCCAACGAGUACGUGCGGGGUCUCACCUUACGGUUCCUAUGCAAGGUGAAGGAAAAGGAACUGAUUGAGCCGCUGAUUUCAUCUGUGGUGCAAAACUUGACUCACCGGGUGACGUACGUACGCCGUAGUGCCGUGGCGGCGGUACACGCCAUCUAUAAAAGGUUUCCGGAUCUUCUUCCUGAUGCACCUGAGUUGGUUGAGAAAUUCAUUGGCGACGAAAACGAUGUUUCGGCGCGUCGGAAUGCUUUUGACAUGCUUGUCGAGUGCGCUCCCGAGCGGGCUGUGCGAUUUUUGACGGGCUUUCGUGAGUCGACGAAUAUGGCGGAUGCAGGUGCCGCCUUUCAGAUGUCUGUUGUAGACUUUGCGCGGCAAAUGAUACGAGCGAAUCCGUACGACAAGGCGAAGUACGUGGCUAUUCUGUUCAAUGUUUUGCAGUCCAAAAAA